AUGGACAAUUCGCUGGUCGCUGGUGGUGGAGCUCGUUGGAGGCUGUGGUCGUUGGUGGUGGAGGCUGUGGUCGCUGGUGGUGGAGCUCGUUGGUCGCUGGUGGUGGAGGCUGUGGUCGCUGGUUGGAGCUCGUUGGAGGCUAUGGCCGUUGGUUGGAGCUCGUCGGAGUGUUGUCCGACUGAGAGUGGUUGA